GCAGUGGCGCGUUCCGCUCCUGGCGCUCGAUGCGGAACUGGCGGGGCGGCGCAGAGCGGCCAGGGAACGACGGCGGCGGUGAGGCAGGUUGGACUUGCCAGACACUUCCAAGCAGAUUCUGUUCUCCAAGGCAGUUGGUCACGGCUGCCUGGAUAACUGACUACUGAACUGAUGAACAGAAAUUCACUGAGAUGACAUAGGGAGGGGCAUCAAGGACAAUGGUGCAGAAAAAGAAAAUCUGCCCUCGAUUACUUGACUAUCUUGUGAUCAUUGGAGCCAGGCAGCCAAGUAGUGACAGUGUUGCUCAGACUCCUGAACUGCUGCGACGUUACCCUCUAGAAGACCAUGUGGACUUCCCUCUGCCGCCCGAUGUUGUGUUCUUCUGCCAACCAGAAGGAUGCCUGAGCGUGCGGCAAAAACGCAUGAGCUUCCGUGACGACACUUCCUUCGUCUUCACGCUCACCGACAAGGAUACCGGCGUGAUUCGCUAUGGAAUCUGUGUCAACUUCUACCGCUCCUUCCAGAAGCGAGUACCCAAGGAGAAGGCUGAAGGCACGGGGAGUCAUCGAGCUCGGGAGGGACAGAAAGUCCCCAAGUCUGGGGAUGCAUCUGUACCCCAAGAGGAAGCGGGCACCGAGAGUUCGGAGAGCGGUUCUUCACUGCAGGCUCCCAGUACGGAGUCUGCGCCAGACGCGAGUCGGUCACCGUGCAGCAAGCGCCUGGCCAAAGGCAGCCACCGCUCUCGGAACAGCACUCUGACUUCUCUCUGCAUCCUUAGUCAUUAUCCCUUCUUUUCCACCUUUCGUGAAUGUCUGUACACCCUCAAGAGACUGGUGGACUGCUGUAGUGAGAGGUUGUUGGGCAAGAAGUUGGGGAUUCCCCGUGGGGUGCAGAGGGAUACAAUGUGGCGGAUUUUCACAGGCUCCCUCCUGGUGGAAGAGAAGUCUAGUGCAUUGCUACAUGACUUGCGGGAGAUUGAGGCCUGGAUAUACAGGCUGCUCCGUUCACCCAUGCCUGUUGCUGGUCAGAAGCGGGUGGAUGUCGAAGUCUUGCCACAUGAGCUGCAGCCAGCUUUGACCUUUGCUCUUCCUGAUCCGUCCCGCUUCAACUUGGUGGAUUUUCCAUUACAUCUGCCUUUGGAGUUGUUGGGAGUGGAUGCCUGCCUGCAGGUGCUGACCUGCAUCCUUCUGGAGCACAAGGUUGUAUUACAGUCCCGAGAUUAUAAUGCACUCUCAAUGUCUGUGAUGGCCUUUGUGGCUAUGAUCUACCCUUUAGAGUACAUGUUCCCAGUGAUCCCUCUGCUUCCUACCUGCAUGGCCUCUGCAGAACAGUUGCUUCUAGCCCCUACACCUUACAUCAUUGGUGUUCCAGCAAGUUUCUUUCUUUACAAACUGGAUUUUAAGAUGCCUGAUGAUGUGUGGCUUAUUGACCUGGAUACCAACAGGGUGAUUGUUCCCACAAAUGCAGAAUCCUUGCCAGCGCUGCCAGAACCAGAAGCUUCAGAGCUGAAAAAGCAUCUGAAACAGGCACUGGCCAGUAUGAGUCUGAAUACUCAGCCCAUUCUUAAUCUAGAGAAGUUCCAUGAGGGGCAGGAGGUGCCGCUGCUGCUGGGAAGACCACAGCAUGAUUUGCAGUCUACUCCUUCUACAGAAUUCAACCCUCUGAUCUAUGGAAAUGAUGUAGACUCUGUGGAUGUGGCCACCAGGGUUGCUAUGGUGAGAUUCUUCAACUCACCGAAUGUUUUGCAGGGUUUCCAGAUGCACACUCGCACUCUUCGUCUCUUCCCACGACCGGUGGUGGCAUUCCAGGCAAAUUCUUUUCUUGCCUCUAGGCCGAAGCAAACACCUUUUGCAGAUAAGCUUUCCAGGACUCAGGCUGUGGAAUAUUUUGGAGAAUGGUCACUCAACCCUACUAACUAUGCCUUCCAAAGAAUUCAUAACAACACGUUUGACCCAGCACUGAUUGGUGACAAACCAAAGUGGUAUGCUCACCAGCUGCAGCCCAUCCACUAUCGUGUCUAUGACAGUAAUUCACAGCUGGCUGAAGCACUGAAUGUCCCAGCAGAGAAAGAAACAGAUUCUGAUCCCACUGAUGACAGUGGCAGUGACAGUGUCGACUAUGAUGAUUCAAGCUCCUCCUACUCCUCCCUUGGGGACUUUGUCAGUGAGAUGAUGAAAUGUGACAUUAAUGGCGAUACCCCAAAUGUUGACCCCCUGACUCACGCAGCUCUUGGUGAUGCUAGUGAAGUGGAAUUUGAUGAUUUUCAAGAAUAUUCAGGGGAUCUGGAUGAACAGGCCAUGGACAGUGAAAACUCCCAAGAGAACAACCAGCCUCGUUCAAGUUCCAGUACUACAGCCAGUAGCAGCCCCAGCACUGUCAUCCAUGGAGUGAAUCACUUGUAUGUAACGCAAAUCAGCGAGCAGACCAAUGAUUUGACUGGUCCACAGGAGUCAGCAGAUUCAGCAGAAACAGAAGAGAAGUUGGUUGCUGGAUUUUCAAACCAUCUCCCUUCCUUACCGCUGCAACCGAGCUUUCCCAGGAUAAGCUUGGAUCGUCGUGAGAGUGACAGUGCAGCUGACAGCAUGAGCUCCUCAGAAGGGGUGGUGAGGAAGCAAGAGUAUGACAAUCCAUACUUCGAGCCACAGUAUGGUUUUCCUGCAGAGGAUGAAGAUGAUGAGCAGGAAGAAAGCUACACCCCAAGAUUUAAUCAGAAUCUCGGUGGAAGCAGGUCUCAGAAGUUACUCCGACCAAACAGUUUAAAACUGGCCAACGAUUCUGAUGCAGAUUCAGAUUCCAGGGCCAGCUCUCCAAACUCUACUGUCUCCAACAACAGCAGUGAAGGUUUUGGGGGCAUCAUGUCUUUUGCAAGCAGCCUGUACAGAAACCACAGCACAAGUUUCAGUCUGUCCAACUUAGCCCUACCAACCAAAGUUGGAAGAGACAAGAAUACUCCCUUUCCCAGUCUGAAAGUAUUUGGGUUAAAUACUAUAAUGGAGAUUAUUACUGAAGCUGGCCCAGUAAGCAAUGAAGGAAACAGACGAGCCCUUGUGGAUCAGAAGUCUUCAGUCAUUAAGCACAGCCCAACGGUGAAGAGAGAAUCUCCAUCGCCUCAGGGACGAACCAGCAAUUCCAGUGAGAACCAGCAGUUCCUGAAGGAGGUGGUACACAAUGUUCUAGAUGGACAGGGUGUUGGCUGGCUAAACAUGAAGAGAGUCCGACGUCUGCUGGAGAGUGAGCAGCUCCGGGUCUUUGUACUGAGCAAGCUGAAUCGCACGGUCCAGUCAGAAGAAGAUGCUCGACAGGAUGUCAUACAGGAUGUGGAAGUCAGCCGCAAGGUUUAUAAAGGCAUGCUGGACCUGCUGAAGUGCACUGUGUUGAGCCUGGAGCAGUCCUAUGCAAAUGCUGGCCUGGGAGGCAUGGCCAGUGUUUUUAGUCUGCUAGAGAUAGCACAUACUCACUAUUACAAUAAAGAGCCAGAAAAAAGAAAAAGGAGUCCAACAGAUGGAUCUGUCACUCCUGUUGGAAAGGAUUCUGCAUCGUCCCCGAGAGUGGAGCCAAAACCUGCAGUGCAGCUGCCAGUACCUCAGCCAAUGCCAAAAGCACCAAGCCCUGCAGGCAAAGGGCCAAGGGAGUUUGACACAAGGAGUUUAAAGGAAGAAAAUUUUAUUGCUUCCAUUGAAUUGUGGAACAAGCACCAGGAAGUGAAAAAGCAAAAAGCUUUGGAAAAAACGAGACCAGAAGGUGUGAAACACUUUGAUUUGGGAGAAACAGAUGAAAAAAAAUCCCAAAUCAGUGCAGACAGUGGCCUUAGUUUGGCCUCAGGUUCUCAGAAGAGUGAUUUCGACUCUCUGCCCAGUGGAGCACCAGCAGUUAUGGUCCGAAGUACAAGCCAGGAUUCCGAAGUUAGCACAGUGGUUAGUAACAGUUCUGGAGAGACAUUAGGAGCAGACAGUGACUUGAGUAGCAAUGCUGGUGAUGGCCCGAGUUUGGAAAAUGGUGGCAAUUUGACAGGAUCCAGAGGCACUGUGUCAGACAGCGAAAUCGAGACAAACUCUGCUACUAACUCCAUCUUUGCAAAGUCUCACAAUCUGAAGCAGAGUGUGAAGGAUAGCAAAGGCAGUACUCCAGGAAGAGGUCCAGAGGAUGGGAACCAACGUGUCUAUCUCUAUGAAGGACUUUUGGGUAGGGAUAAAGGAUCUGUCUGGGACCAGUUAGAGGAUGCUGCAAUGGAAACCUUCUCUAUGAGCAAAGAGCGUUCAACUUUGUGGGACCAGAUGCAGUUCUGGGAAGAUGCUUUUUUGGAUGCCGUGAUGUUAGAGAGAGAAGGAAUGGGGAUGGACCAGGGACCUCAGGAAAUGAUAGACAGGUAUCUUUCCCUGGGAGAACAUGAUCGAAAGCGUUUGGAGGAUGAUGAGGAUCGCUUGUUGGCUACACUGCUGCAUAAUAUGAUUGCUUAUAUGCUUAUGAUAAAGGUGAACAAGAAUGAUAUCAGGAAAAAGGUGCGUCGUCUGAUGGGAAAAUCACAUAUUGGAUUGGUGCACAGCCAGCAAAUCAAUGAUGUUCUUGACAGACUUGCCAAUCUGAAUGGACGUGAGCUCCCCGUGAGGCCCAGCGGCAGUCGUCACAUCAAGAAGCAGACUUUUGUGGUACAUGCUGGGACAGACACAACAGGAGACAUAUUUUUCAUGGAGGUAUGUGAUGAUUGCAUUGUGCUGAGAAGCAACAUUGGAACUGUGUAUGAACGUUGGUGGUAUGAGAAACUCAUCAACAUGACUUACUGUCCCAAAACAAAAGUGCUGUGCCUUUGGAGGAGGAAUGGUCAAGAGACACAACUGAACAAGUUCUACACAAAGAAGUGUCGGGAAUUGUACUACUGUGUAAAAGACAGCAUGGAGCGAGCAGCAGCAAGACAGCAAAGCAUUAAACCAGGUCCUGAGUUGGGUGGUGAGUUUCCUGUGCAAGAUAUGAAAACCGGUGAAGGAGGUCUUCUGCAGGUCACCCUGGAAGGAAUUAACCUGAAAUUUAUGCACAGUCAGGUUUUCAUAGAGCUGAAUCACAUUAAAAAGUGCAAUACUGUGCGAGGAGUCUUUGUCCUGGAGGAAUUUGUUCCUGAAACUAAAGAAGUGGUGAGCCACAAGUACAAGACGCCAAUGGCUCAUGAGAUCUGCUACUCCGUGCUGUGUCUCUUCUCUUACGUGGCUGCCGUUCGUGGAAGGGAGGCAGAAAGCAAAAGCAAACCGCCUCGACCAGUUUCCAGUUGAAUAUAAUAUUGGGAAGUUCCUACCCUUUAGCACAUUGACAUGCAGUGCUCCCGUUUUUACUGCAGUUACUGGAGCUCACUUUACCGUCUUCUAUGAGAACUUGAUUAUUUAUGUAUGACCCUGCAAGUCUUUCCCCAUAGGAAAACCUGAGACUUCACUGCUCAGUCUCCUUCUGAAGUCAUCCUUAGUGGAGUUCUUGUAUGAGCUGUUAAUCAGUUUCGAGCAUCAGCAUCCAGCUGUGAGUGACCUACUCUGGCCAUUCCUUUGGAGUUCUGUUUUCUUAAGAUGACUGACAGCUCGGGUUUGUUUGGGAGUUUUUUGUUUGUUUCUAGUGGUACUUGGUACAGAUUAAUCACUUCACAACUGCAGGCUUCUGCUUUCAGAUUGUCUGGUUACGUGCACUGUGGAAGCAGUCUGGUCCUGCAUGUUGUUUAAAUGUAGUGGUUUUAUUGUUUUCCUCCUGUGUUGUUCCAUCCUUACCCAUCGACAUCAUGAGUUCUUGUCACAUGGUCCUUCAGACACUUUUGGGGGAGAUGAACAAACUAGGUAUCGUAGUCUUAAAAUAUCCUGUGACAGCUGAACUUUGACUGUUAAGUUGGUUCAUCUUCUCACCUGGAGAAGUCUGCUUCUCAAGUGGGAAAAGAAGUGGAGUGGGAAACUUUGAAGGCAGUGUAUAGUGAAAACUCUGACACCUGGUGGAUUGUGCGUGUUUUCAAGCGGGAGUUAGGUCAUGUUUGUCGGUGUCGCAGCAGUAGAGUUAACAGCUGCACAUAAGCAUCACCUAAAGCAAUCACAGGGAUUAGAAAAUUAGUAAGGAAAUGUAAAAAUUGGAAACAAUUGGCAGAAGCUUGCAGUUUGGGGGUUGGAACUAUGCACAAGGUAUUUCUAAAGCAAUCUGCUGAACUUGGUGAGAAGCCCAAAGGAUUCUGCUCUCUACAAAUCUUUUAAGCUAUUGCC